UGUCAUUUUCUAUUUCCACAUGAGAUAGUUGGUGCCUCUCACUUCAACCCAGACAUGAACUCUGUUGUUCUCAGGUGCAGAGAUGGCAAUGUCAACUACUUCAAUCCUUACAUUCUUGUAUUUUGUUGCCACAAUCAUGAUCCAAAAUGCAUUCUUUCAGGUAAGAGUGCAAAGGCUGCAAUGUUCUACAUUGCAAAUUACAUUACUAAAAUGGGGGCAAAAACUUAUGAAAUUCUCUCUCUUCUA